AUGAUGGAUGAGGCGGUGAGACGAUAUGCUGCUGGUGCUGGUGUGAGUGAGACGUAUGUCCGCCCCCUCAUUCAGGUGCUUGCUCAGGCCGCCUUUGACAGCACCACCACUGUCGACAGCCACACCCAAGCCAUUCGCGAUGUGGGGGCCAAUCUGUCCAUCCACGUGGAUGUCCUGCCAGCUCAUGCUGACGUGUGUGGGUUUUUCGGGGAUGCUGGUAAGCUGCUGGCUGCGGUUCCGCAACGGAUCAUCGAGAGAAAGGGAUGGGCUAGAUGGACAUGGGAGACGAAGAUAAGCAUGGAUUUCAUCUAUGCCAUGCAUCAGUGCCUGCUGACAAACCCCAGGUUUGUCCUCCUUCUAGAAGAUGAUGCAAUGCCGGCAUGGCUUUGGGAUGCUGGCGUCGAGAGGUUUCUCACGGUUGACCUUCGUGAGAAGCAUCCUUGGGACUUGGUGGCUCUUUACUACCCGACGACAUAUCAUUGGGGUGCUAAGCACGGCGAUGUGUAUGAUUUUCCCUGCUGCACUCAAGCAGACCUUUUCAGGGCUGAUGUUGCCAAGAAAGUGGUCGGCUAUGUGGAGUCGCGGUUUAUGCAGAAUCCAGGCGAUGUGCUGCUAGGAGAGUGUGUGAAGAAUAGGAAGCUCGUUGGGUAUGCACAUGUGCCCUCCUUGUUCCAGCAUACUGGGACUCGUCGCGUGGUUUCGCUCCUCGCGCUAUUCCUUCUCGCCGCGUCCCUCGCGCCAAUUUUUGCGGCGGAUUCCGAUGGCUCCGCCACGGCCGCGCCUCCGCGGUUCGCGCGCGCGCGGCUGAGACGGACGGGGGAGCUCACACUAGACCGCAUCGCGGCGCAGCGCGAGUGGCUAUCGUCCGCUGCGUUCAAGCAGCGCCUUCUCGCCGCCAGCGGCCUCCGCGCGGACGGCGCAGAAGUCGGCGCAAGCGGCGGCGAGCGCGGGCCGGACGUGGUGCCGCUGAGCAACUACAUGGACGCGCAGUAUUACAUGGAGAUCGGCAUCGGCUCGCCGCCACAGACGUUCAAAGUCGUGCCCGACACCGGCAGCAGCAACCUCUGGGUGCCCUCGCGCCGCUGCUACCUCUCUCUGGCGUGUUUGAACCACGCCAAGUACGAUUCGCGCAAGUCGCGCUCGUACGAGGCGGACGGCACGCCGUUCGCCAUCCAGUACGGCAGCGGCGCCAUGAAGGGCUUCCAAUCCAAGGACGAUGUGACCAUCGGCGACGUGACUAUAACGGGGCAAACCUUCGCGGAGGCCACGAGCGAACCCGGGCUCGCGUUCUUCGCGGCGAAAUUUGAUGGAAUCAUGGGGCUGGGCUUUAAGGAGAUCUCCGUGAACGGGAUAAUCCCCCCGUGGUACAACAUGCUCGACCAGGGGUUGGUGCCCGAGCCCGUCUUCUCCUUCUGGUUCAACCGGGAUCCCGAGGGCAUGGCGGGCGGCGAGGUGGUGUUUGGGGGAGUGGAUAAGGCGCACUACAAGGGGAACCACUCGUGGGCGCCUGUCAGCAGGCGCGGGUACUGGCAGUUUGACAUGGGAGAUGUGCUCAUCAACGGCUCCACCACCAGCAUCUGCAAGCGCGGCUGUGCUGCCAUUGCCGACACUGGUACCUCGCUCAUUGCAGGCCCAUCGGCGGUGAUAGCGGAGAUCAAUGCAGCCAUCGGAGCCAAGGGCGUGCUGAGCGAAGCGUGUAAGCAGCUCGUGCACGACUAUGCUGUCAUCAUCAUUGACCUGCUCGAGCAGAAGAUGGAUCCAAAUCUUGUGUGCCAUGCCAUCGGCCUCUGUGACGACAUGGCUGCAGCCACCGCUCACAGCACGCCCAUGCCCAGCAUGAGCCGCCGCCUGCUCGGGUGGGAGGAGGAUCCAGUCAUCCAGAUGCCCGGGGACCACGCUGACGUGGCAGAUGCCGUCGGUGGCGAAGCAAGCAGCACUGGGAGCAGCGGCAGCAACGGAGGGCGCGUGGGCGACCCCAAGUGUUCGCUGUGCGAGGCGUUGGUGAUAUGGGUGCAGAACCAGCUGGCGAGGAACAAGACGCGGUCGCAGAUCAUCAGCCAUCUCAACAAGAUGUGUGAGCACAUUCCAAGCCCAGGCGGGCAGGCGCAGGUGGACUGCAGCAAGGUGCACAUGAUGCCGGCUGUGGCCUUCACCAUCGGGGACAAGCAGUUUGCGCUACAGCCGGAGCAGUACGUGCUACAGGCGGGGCAGGCCGGCCAGCAGCUGUGCAUCAGCGGCUUCCUGCCCCUCGACGUGCCUGAACCCCUGGGUCCCAUCUGGAUUCUGGGGGACACGUUUCUGGGGGCGUACCACUCGGUGUAUGAUUUUGGGAAUGAGCGCGUGGGCUUUGCUGAGUCAACGUGA